UAUGGCAGGUGUCAAGCGGUUCGUGAGGAAUGACCGGUUGUACACGGCGGAUUGAUUUGAUCUAAUUACGGCCGAGGGAAGGCGAGAUGUCUUUAGACGCUAGGAAAUCGUCGCGAAUCGAAGACUUAAUUUCCACGGAGGAUGACACUUUGGGAUCCUCCAUAAGUCUAAGCGUCGGAGAGAACUCGGUUCGCAUUAAAGAGAAACCCAAAACUACCAAGGAAGUCGAACAUUUAUCGGCUAAUAAAAAAGAUGCGCCGGAUAAGUGGUGGUUGAAGAGACCUGAGACACGUUUAGGUGUCCUGAGUGCCAAGAAUGCAGAUGCGAAGUCAAAGCAGUCUCCUACUCCUUUGUCGGAUGUCAGCUCUUCUAUGAAAGAGUUUCUCGAGAAAGAGAGGAUGUGCAAGACAAUAUCCAAAAGCGAAGGAGAAGCAAAAGACAAGGAUGACACAUUAUGCGACAUACUCGCAUCUGCGGCUUUUGAUAAAUAUCCAUCAGAUUUUGAAAAUGCUACUGACGAAGAUAUCGGCAGUUUUCUAGAGGAAAUGAGCAAGAUUGCGGGGGCAUUAAGUCCGAAUUCAUGUCCUGAACGUACAAAGUCUGGCGGUUCUAAUAAGAAUCAUACAGAAGAAAAGUCUGUGGAAGAAUUAUUAGAAGAAGCUGAGAAGCUAGUCAGAAAAAAUUGUAACACUCUAUCGAAAAGUAUAUCGAAAUCUGAUACUCUAGUGCCAGAAAAUCAAGACGGAAGUUUGAGCAGAGUGAGGCAAUUAGAAGCUGACAUUUUUCAAUUAAUAGAGGAAGAAGUGCAUAAAGAAACGGAAAAAAUAAAAAGGAGUCCAAAAAACGAGAGAAAACGGGAAAACAGUCCCGGAUUCGAGAUUGUUUAUGAAAAUCUGAAUAAUUUGAAACCACCGAAAACGCUAGAACUUCAAAGAAAAAAGUUCGAAGAACAGAAAGUCGAAAUAUCAAGCAGUUCUGAUUUGGACGACCCGAUUGAGAGACAUUCCAAGUCCGAGGAACUGAAGAGCGCGAAGAAAAUUGAAAUGGAGAAGGAGAAUCUGCAGAAAGAGAUCACGGACGUGGACAAGGACUUCUUCGAGGAUUUGUUGAGAAAGUCUAAGGAGAAGGCGGAGGGCGGAAUGUCCGCGAGUUCCAGUUUCGGACAGGAAGAUUUCUCGCAUUUCUUGAAGCUGCUUCAAGGACAAAAUACGGAUAAAACAGAGCUGGAAUCAAAAGAGCCUAAUGCGGUAUACGAUUUCUUUUUAAAAUCUACUAAUGGCGAAGUAGUAUCGACUAAGGAAAGUCAAUUAGCUAGUGGCAAGACCCCAGAAUUCCCAGAAAAAGAAUUUUCCGAAAUAUUAGAAAAGGAAUUACCGGCCAUUAACGGUGUAAACAUGGAUCAUGAAAUUAAUGAGAGCGAUUCUAGCGUGAGCGAAGAACGGCAUAAAGGGGUACGGAAUUCUCUGUCAAGUAGAAAGACGUUCUUAAAACAAUCUAACAAUGAAUCUAAGAAGACUGCGUCGGAAAUCGUAGAAAGAGAAAGCAAUAAAAAUGUGACAGAAACCAAUAAAAAGACAGUCAAUUCUGAAAAUGAGUUAUAUACAGUAGGAUUGACGCCGAGAUUGGAAUUAUUUGCGGAUACAAUACCCAAACUUAUGGCUGAAAAGAUGAGUGAAAGUAUCGUGAAGGAGAACACGGAGGAGAAAGCAGAUUUGGUGUACAAGGAAUCUGCUUGUUCAGAAACGAAAGUUGAUACGAAAGCGGAAAAUUCAUAUACCGUCAAUGUAUCAAAGACUUUGAAGAUGCAUUAUCAAGAAGUACCUGACCAUGGCGUUUCGAGUAAAGCAAUAGAUGUACCUAAAACCGACCGCGUUGUUAGUGCACCAAGCAAUAAGCAAUCGAAAAAAGAGAUACGAUUUUGCAAGUCUAAAAGCUACGAUCUUUUAUGCCAGCCUCCCUUAAAAUCGUCUCUCGAAAAUAUCAGGGUUAACAAAGCAUUGGACGUGUCUAAGAAACCUGUAAACGCAAUUUCUAAAAAGUCAUCGGCAAAGUCGAAAGUGCAAUCCCGAUCAAUUCCCAAAGUCGCGCCGAAACCUAACUCAUCCUCAAGAUCAAAACUGGAUUCCGUUAAAGUUGGAUCCACAUCCAGCUUACCAGCUGCGUGCAAAGGAUCCCAAAUGAAAUCGCCCGAUAGUUACAGAAAAAAUUUCAUGGCCGCCGGAGAUUCGAAACAGAUUCCAAUAAAACGUGAUUGGGAGAUGUUAUGUCGCGAGGAAAGACACAAGAACGCACUGUUGAAACAACAGUUGGAGACCGAGGCAAAACUGUACAAGAGUCAAAUUGAGGACAUGCGUACGUCUUUUGAGGGAGAAUUGUUUGCUUUAAAGAAGCAGAAUAUAAUCUUGAAGGCAAGAGUUGACGAGUUCUCUCUGAGCGAAAGGCGCGCAGAAAUUCCUGUCAAGAACGACACGAAGAUUAUUCUUCUGGAACAGGAAUUGGAAAAGCAGGAAAGCCUGAUCCGCGCUUACGAGACUGAGAACAAGAAAUUGAUGCAAGAUACGAAACGUAUGCAAGAGGAAUUGAAAAAUUUGCAGUCUAAGCAGAAGAGCACGGUAUCGAAAACAAACGACACGCAACAGCUUGCUGAUCGGGUGAAGGAUCUCCAGGAAGAGACAUUGAAGUUGAAUCUCGAGGUAUCCGAGCUGAAGGAGAAAAAUGCUGAUUUCUUGCUGAAGAACGACGAUCUAAUUCAACAGAACAGUUUGCUCACGGACGAAUUGGAUAUGUUUAAGGAGCAGCUGAAAGUGAAAAACAACUUUAUUACAGAUCGGUUGCAAGUGAUGACUACCACAGAGUUGGAACUUAAAAAACAAAUAGAGGAUCUAACUAUUAAAUUGAGUUCUAAGUCGGAGCAGUUGCGCAUAACUAAACGGGCUAGAAGAGUUAGAGAAGGGAAUCUCCAGGAGAAAUUACGGAUAAGCAAAAGUCAUGUCGAGCGUGAGAAGCAGCUAACUCAGAGACUCAAGGAUCAGGUUAUUCUGGACAACAAGAAAGUCAUGGACCUGAACAGACAAGUGCGCGAGUUGGAGCGUAUACUCAAGAGGAAGAAUCCUGACUCAGUUUCGGCUCUCAUUCUGACCGCUAAUUCGGAACAGGAGAAGAUCGGUUCCGAGAAGGUGAAGCUUCUGGAGGAGAGAAUAACAAGUCUUGAAAAUGAGAUUAAAAACAAAGAGGAUAUCGCGCAACAAAAUUUGGUUGACUUACAGAAGAAGUUUUCCGACAUGAAGGAGAAAUACGCAGUCCAGGUGAUGGAGUUAGAGGCGAAACUGUUGGAAGCAACUGUGAAAGAACACAAGUUAUACAAUGACAUGUUCACGCAAACGACGGUGAAGUACAUUGAGAGCAAGAGCGUAGAGAAUAAUAAGAAAGACGAUAAACCUUUCACCGUGGAAGAUAAGAAGGAUCAGAAAACGAUAAAAGUUGGGCCGAAAUCUCAAAAUCCAAAGGAAGACGCGCAUCUCAUUGCCACUAUAAGAGGCCUGAAGCUGGAGAUUGCGAACAAGGACAAAACGGUCUCGAAGAUAACCAAGGAAUAUCAGGAGCUUCAGAAGACGAAUCGGCGAUUACAGAAGGAGCGGGAGAAAUUGCUAAACGAUCGUAGGAGUUUCAGGAGUAUGGAUUUCGAUAAGGCGUUCCGAGGGAUGAAGAACGGCGAAGGAAAUGAUCAGAAUUCGAAUGUUUAUCAGAACGGGCACGUUUCCGAGAGGUUAUCGUCGUCGACGCCAAAGUUGUACGAUCCGAUGCAGUACACGGAGAACGGCAAGAACGGGGUUAUCAAGAAAUUGACAAACGAAAAUGAUAUUCUGAAGGAGGAACUGAGCAAAAUAAAUAAGGACUUCAUGGCGCUGAAGAGCAAGAGGCUGCAUGAUUUGAAUCUCUUGCAGGAGGAACAUGAGCGAGAGAUGGCCACUCUUGUGAAAGAGUACAGCGUUAAGAUCGGUGAUUCUAAAGCGGUAAAGUUGCAGGGUCAGAUUAAUACUCAGGGAGCAAUCAUAUCGCAUUUAAAAGAACAGGUCGAAAAGUUCAGAGACUACAAGGAGCAGGUGAUCAUGUUGAAGGCCGAAAGAGAGCAUUUGGAGAAUAAAGUGAGGACGCUGACCGAGAAAGUCAAAUACUUAUCAACGCCGGGAACAGAACAGUUGCAAUUGUUGCAGGACAAAAUCACAAUCCUCCAGCAACGGCAUGAAAGCAGAGAGAUGACUUUGCAGACGUUAAUUCGCGAUUUACUGAGGAAUCGAACACAGUGCAAAGACUGUAAAAAUGAGAAAGGUAAAAAUCGACAGCUCUGCUACUUCCGGCAGGAGCUUGAUCAUAUCUUAGGAAUGCUACAAGAGAUCACUAAUGUCCAUUGAUCUCACUGAAUUGAGAAAUCGUCUCUAAAUAGUCACGCAAUGCAUUUGAUGGUUAUCGGUUUAUCAUCGAAUAUUGUGAUAAUUUUUACAAGAAUAAGAUUCGCGAUAUAGUUUAAAUAAUUCGAAAGAGGCAUUAAAUACUUUAGGUAUCGAAACAUAGGUACAUAAACGCGUUCGUUCGCGACACUCAGCCAAAAUAUUUAGUCGAUACUUCUAUCGACUCUUCCAUAAUUGAUGAGAACUAUGCGCAAUCUUCUUUCUUGCGUCCGUGACACCGUUCGUUCUGCGAAGUCGUCCAUUAGUACAGAACUCGCAAAGAAUUCGGUAGGCUCGGAUCACUGCCAAAGAGAAAAACGCUACUGCGUAACAUUACCAUUAAUAUCUAUAAUAACGAACGAACAUAUGAUUGAAUUACAAACUUUUUCGAUCUCUUUCCGUCGCCAAUUUUCUUGCCAUUCGCGCGCAAUGUCUGAGAACA